GUUCAGCUGGCAGUAUUAGGUUGUGUGUCACUCCUAGUUACAGUAGCACAGAUAUGAUAACACAGAUUGAGACUUUGACCCUCUUGUUUAUCGAGAUCACAUGACCCAGUGCCUAGGCUUGUGGUUGCGUAAAGAGCACGCCCCUCCCAGUCCCCAUUGGUUCCUGCUCUUCUGACAAGGCUGUGUAAAUGUAGAAGUGAUCUGGGAGGAGGACCAAAGGUUCUUUGAUGGGGGGAAGAGUCCCAGCUGGUUGGGACCUCCACAGAGAACAUCUUCUCACUCCUAUCUACCUGAUCCAGAUGGAAUCUUGAUGGAAGUGAACUAACCCUCUCAGAUAUAUUGAUGAUGUUUUUCUAUUUUUCCAGGACACGCCAUGGAGAAACCCUCAAAGGAUCGUCUCACUUUAUCUCCAGGUUGUAUAAUGGAAGAUGAGGACAUCACAGGAGAUCACAUGGAGGAAUCUGGGAAAUGUUUUUCCCCAACGUCCCGUCCUUCUGAACACCAGAGAUUGCCCACCGAUGAGAAGAUACACACUUGCUCUGAGUGCGGGAAGUGUUUUCCGCGAAGAUCUGACUUUGUUUUACAUCAAAGAACUCACACGGGGGAGAAGCCGUAUUCCUGUCCUGAGUGCGGAAAAUGUUUUACCAAAAAAUCAGAGCUUGUAAAACAUCAAAUAACUCAUACGCAUGAGAAGGCGUAUUCCUGCCUUGAGUGCGGGAAAUGUUUUUCAAAAAAGAACCAUCUUAGUACACAUCAAAGGACUCACACAGGUGAAAAACCAUAUUCCUGUCCUGAGUGUGGAAAAUGUUUUACACAAAAAGCAACCAUAAUACAACAUCGAACAACUCACACGCGUGAGAAGGCAUUUUCCUGCCCUGAGUGCGGAAAAAGUUUUACACAAAAAGCAAGCCUUCUACAACAUCAAACAACUCACACGGGGGAGAAGGCGUAUUGCUGCCCCGACUGCGGGAAACGUUUUUCACAGAAUUCCCAUCUUAAAGUACAUCGGAGAGUUCACACGGGUGAAAAGCCAUUUUCCUGCCCCGAGUGCGGUAAAUGUUUUACACAGAAAGCAAGCCUUAUACAACAUCAGAGAUCUCACACGGGUGAGAAGGCGUAUUCCUGCCCUGAGUGCGGGAAAUGUUUCUCGCAGAAUUCCCAUCUGACGAUACAUCGGAGAAUUCACACGGGUGAAAGGCCGUAUCCCUGCCCUGAGUGUGGAAAAUGUUUUACACAAAAAUCAAGCCUUCUCCAACAUAAAAAAACUCACACGGGCGAGAAUACAUAUUCCUGCCCUGAGUGCGGGAAAUGUUUUGCACAGAAGCACCAUCUCAAUACACAUCAGAGAACUCACACGGGUGAAAAGCCAUACACCUGUUCUGAGUGUGGGAAAACGUUUACGCAAAAAGCCGGCCUUCUACAACAUCAAACAACUCACGCGGGUGAGAAGGCGUAUUCCUGAGUGCGGGAAAUGUUUUUAACGGAAUUCCCAUCUUAAAAUACGAAGAAUUCACGCGUGUGAAAAUCCAUAUUCCUGCCCUGAGUGCAGAUUUUUUUUUACAGAAAUCAGACCUUGUUAAACAUCAAAGAUCUCACACGGGUGAGAAGCCGUAUUCCUGUCCUCAGAGCGGGAAGUGUUUUUCAUUCAGGUGCUGUAGUAUUACACGAUUACACGUGUCCAUAAUUUGGUUAUCAUUGCUCUAGAACAGGGGUGUCCGAAUUUUUUUCAAAGAGGGCCAGAUUUGAUGAAGUGAACAUGCGUAAGGGCCGAUCA